UUUUGUGAUUUUGAGAAAAAAGAAGCAUCGUUAAACAAAAAAGAAUAUAAUUUGGAGACAACGGACGUCUCGGCGAUAACUUCGACGCAACGACGACAUGCCUCAAUGAAAUUCGUGGUAUUCUUAGAAACGAUCCGCAUUUACGACAGGUUUAUCAGGAUCAUUUGUCAUAUCGAGAAAAACGAUUGGAUGUCUUUUGGUUUCGAGCAUUUGUCAAGUAAUAUCCGUAGAGGUGAGGCGCGUAGGCAUCUUGGAAUUCAAAGUAGCAUCACAAAUUCGAGUUGCAACAGGGGCACAAAAGGUUUUAUCAAAUUCACAAGAAUAAUCAAGCAACAGUCAAGUAAAUCGCCAAAUUUGAAAAUGGUUCGACCGUCGAAUCCACGCCUUAUGGCUCGCGUACUAGAUGCAGUGGCAAAUCUUGGCGACACCAAAGGUUCAUCAGCUCGCGAAGUUCUCAGUUUUAUUCGGCACAGCAAUGUAUCGUUCAAAAAUCUGACGCUGCAGGUACAACGAGCUUUAAAGCAUGCAGUAAAUGCUGGACUUUUACGGCAUAGGAGUGGUCGUUAUAAAACACUGGCUACUUUAAAUCCUAAUACUGUCCCUAACCCAUCUGCUAAUAAGGAAUCAGCUAAUAAUGAUCAGAAAAACAAAGAGAAAAAAUCAAAAUCUGAUGUACAAGCACCAGUUGGCGACAUGGAAUCCCUUCGUCGAACACAAGAGCGCAAGAGGAAAAGAACUACUUCACGGCGACGAAAUAGUAGACGUCGUAGUAAAGUAAGAAGGAAAUCCCGACGUUCGCCGUAUAUUAGACAAUCUAAUACCGCUCAGAUUCGAAAACGACGACAGCGAAAACGCACACACGAAGACGAGGAGUUUGAGGAUCAGUCAUCCGAACAAGACUUCUUGCAUGGAAGGGACGAUUCGUCCGUACCAUUCAAUCGCAGAACGAAACGUUCAAGAUUAUCCAAGCGAGAACUCGAGUCCGACUUCUCUGACGAGAGUGACUGCGAUAGCGACAUGAGUCGGAAGCGUGUUUCCCGAGCAAAUAAAUUGUAUCGAGAACCAAGACACAAGAAAACGCGCGCGAAAUCGAAAGGUAAAUCAGUAUCUCGAACUCCAAGUCAGCAAUUGCAACGAGCGAUGCAAGAGCGGCAGCAUCCGAUCGAGGAGACCGGAAAUGAUAGGCAGCGAUGUGACGAGGAUCAGGGAUCCACGGAACGCAACAUUGCGCGUCAAGAAGCACACAAAGACGUCGAGAGAGUUCGCGAGCCGAACGACAGCAAUAGUGGCAGUACUUUGGAGAACUCGAGAGACUAAUGUCUUAUUUUUACUCCCAUUCUGCGUCUAUCAAUAUCUAAUCUACUGCUUCUUUGGCGACUAUGCAUCUGUCUAUUUAUUUUCUUUUCUGUAUUGUUUUGAAAGAUAAAUUUGUUAACAUUUUAGUCGUGAGAUAACUUGAUCGUAAGAAUAACUUGAAAUAAAUAUAAUAUGCGUGUGUCAUGGAGGAUCAGGUGUAUUAUAGAGAAUCCUA